AUGUCGGACCAACACCAAGCAGCACCGUCGAGUCCAGAACUCGAGCAGACGCUCGCAGGCUCACAAGAAAACGUCAAGGGAAAAAGAAAACCGGGAGAGGAAUGGAAAAAGGACGAAGUUCAGGAGAUUCCACACAAUAACCUUCUCCUCGUUUUUCCUGGAUUCAUUUUGACAGUAUUUCUGGCCGCUCUCGACCAGACAAUUGUUGCAACAGCAUUGCCGAGAAUUGUUGCUGACCUUAAUGGAGCUUCGGGAUAUGCAUGGGUUGGAACGGCAUACCUACUCACGAGCGCAGCAUGUGCUCCUCUAUAUGGUGUUCUAUCAGAUAUGACGGGACGAAAGCCAACGCUCUUCUUCUGUAUUUUGACCUUUUUGCUUGGAUCUGCACUAUGUGGUGCGGCCAAGUCGAUGCUCUGGCUUUGCAUCUCUCGCGGUGUUCAGGGUAUUGGUGGUGGUGGCGCCCUACAGCUUUGCCAGAUUACUAUCUCCGACAUCACGACUCUUGAGAAGCGAGGAAAAUAUAUUGGCUUCAUUGGAGCCACAUGGGGUGUUGCCAGUGUCGUCGGGCCAUUGAUCGGUGGCGCAUUGGCAGAUCACUCGUCGUGGCGCUGGAUCUUUUGGCUGAAUCUCCCUACUGGUGGCUUUGCCAUUGCUCUCCUUGCACUGUUCCUCAACCUCAAUCCAACGCCGCGCAAGCCGUUCAAGACCUAUGUCCGAGAGUUCGACUUUCUCGGAUUGCUUCUAGCGGUUGGAGGCGUUGUGUGCAUCCUACUCGGAUUCAACUAUGCAGAAACAUCGUGGAAAGACGCAAAGACAAUCGCCCUUUUGGUCGUCGGCGGUGUUCUUUUUAUCAUCUGCGGCGUCAACGAAUUCUAUCUCAAGGAGCGUCUGCCCAUCUUCCCACCAAGAUUGUUCCAAACAAGAACAACAACUGGUCUCCUUCUCUCGAGUUUCAUCCAGUUCUUUGCGUUCACAGGCGCGUCAUAUUACUUGCCAAACUACUUCCAGGUUCUGGGAUCAUCCGCCACAGACGCUGGGAUCAAGAUGAUACCGUUUUCCUUUGGAGGCGCAAUCUUUGCCAUUGUUGGUGGCCAGAUUGUAUCACGUACGGGUUCCUACAGACCUACUCUUUGGGCAUCCUGGGUUGUGACGACGCUCGGCAUGGGCCUGUUCUAUCUCCUUGACAACAAGACAUCUGUUGGUGUCCAAGUUGUACUAUUGCUUGUGGCAGCAAUUGGUGUAGGACCGCUCUUCCCCGUUCCCUUGAUCGCACUCCAGGCUGCUAUGCCCCUCAAAGACAUGGCUACCUCGACAUCAACUUUAUCGCUUCUCCGAUUCCUUGGUGGAACUAUUGGGCUAUCUGUUGGAAAUGCUGUCUAUCAAUCAGGACUGCGACGGCGCCUGCCACGUAUUGAAGGCUACAAUCCCGGUUCUUAUGGGAUGACAAACAACGUUCAGGGUCUACAUGAGAUUCAGCCACCGGAAUUGCGAGACCAAGUUCUGCAUGCAUAUACCCGGUCCAUUGCGCUCAUCUGGAUCGUCUAUUGCGCAAUUUGCUUUGUCGGGCUCCUCCUUGUCCUUCCUGUACGUGCGUACUCGCUCAAGAGACAAAUCAAGAAAGGAGAAGACCCUAAGAAAGCUGGAGACGCAGAAGAACAAGAAAGAUCCGCCACCCCACCUUCUUCAAACGAUCUGGAGAAAGGGCACGCUAAUGGUGCCGACGUGAAUAUGGAGAAGAAUGAAAAGUCUCGAUAUGCAUCGAGGGUGGAAGCGGUAGAAACAAAGGAGGGACAGGCUACAAACUUAUGA